AUGGCUGAAGCGCACCAGGCCGUGGGCUUCCGAUCCUCGCUGACCUCGGAUGGGGCGGAAGUGGAGCUCAGUGCCCCUGUGUUGCAGGAGAUCUACCUCUCUGGCCUGCGCUCUUGGAAAAGGCAUCUCUUACGUUUCUGGAAUGACUUUCUCACUGGUGUGUUCCCUGCGAGCCCCCUCAGCUGGCUCUUCCUCUUCAGCACAAUCCAGCUCUCCUGGUUCCUCCAGCUGGACCCUUCUUUAGGACUGAUGGAGAAGAUCAAAGAGUUGCUGCCAGAUUGGGGUGCGCGGCACCACGGGCUCCGGGGCGUCCUGGCAGCCGCUCUGUUUGCCUCGUGUUUGUGGGGAGCCCUGAUCUUCACGCUCCACGUGGCCCUGAGACUGCUUCUGUCCUACCACGGCUGGCUUCUUGAACCGCACGGAGCCAUGUCCUCACCCACCAAGACCUGGCUGGCCCUGGUCCGCAUCUUCUCUGGCCGCCACCCGAUGCUCUUCAGUUACCAGCGCUCCCUGCCGCGCCAGCCGGUGCCUUCGGUGCAGGACACCGUGCGCAAGUACUUGGAGUCUGUCCGGCCCGUCCUCUCCGACGAGGACUUCGACUGGACGGCGGUCCUGGCGCAGGAAUUCCUGAGGCUGCAGGCGUCGCUGCUGCAGUGGCACCUGCGGCUCAAGUCCUGGUGGGCGUCCAAUUAUGUCAGUGACUGGUGGGAGGAGUUUGUGUACCUGCGCGCCCGCACCCCGCUGAUGGUGAACAGCAACUACUACAUGAUGGACUUCCUGUACGUCACGCCCACGCCUCUGCAGGCAGCUCGAGCUGGAAAUGCAGUCCACGCCCUCCUCCUGUACCGCCACCGCCUCAACCGCCAGGAGAUCCCCCCGACUUUGCUGAUGGGAAUGCGCCCCUUAUGCUCUGCCCAGUACGAGAAGAUAUUCAACACCACGCGCGUUCCAGGGGUCCAAAAAGACUACAUCCACCACCUCUGUGACAGCCGACACGUGGCUGUCUUCCACCGGGGCCGAUUUUUCCGCGUGGGGACCCACUCCUCAAAUGGCCUGCUUUCCCCAAGGGCCCUGGAGCAGCAGUUUCAGCGAAUCCUGGAUGACCCCUCACCUGCCUGCCCCCACGAGGAACAUCUGGCUGCCCUGACCGCUGCUCCCAGGGGCAUGUGGGCCGAGGUGCGGAGGUCCCUGAAGACUCGGGCAGCAGAGGCCCUGGAGGCGGUGGAAGGGGCCGCUUUCUUUGUGUCACUCGACUCUGAGCCUGCAGGGCUCACCAGGGAGGACCCAGCAGCUUCGUUGGAUGCCUACGCCCAUGCCUUGCUGGCCGGCCGUGGCCACGACCGCUGGUUUGACAAAUCCUUCACCCUAAUCGUCUUCUCCAAUGGGAAGCUGGGCCUCAGCGUGGAGCACUCGUGGGCCGACUGCCCCAUCUCAGGACACAUGUGGGAGUUCACGCUGGCCACAGAGUGCUUUCAGCUGGGCUACUCGGCAGAUGGCCACUGCAAGGGGCGUCCCGACCCCGCGCUCCCCCAGCCCCGGCGGCUGCAGUGGGACCUUCCGGACCAGAUCCACCCGUCUAUCUCUCUAGCCCUGACGGGAGCCAAGGCCUUGUCUGCCAACGUCGACUGCCACGUCUUCCCCUUCGCCCACUUCGGCAAGAGCUUCAUCAGGCGCUGCCGCCUGUCCUCAGACAGCUUCAUCCAGAUUGCCCUGCAGCUGGCCCACUUCCGGGACAGGGGUCACUUCUGCCUGACUUACGAGUCAGCCAUGACUCGCCUGUUCCUGGAAGGCCGGACGGAGACGGUGCGGUCUUGCACGCGGGAGGCCUGCAGCUUCGUGAGAGCCAUGGAGGACAGAGAGAAGACAGACCCGCAGUGCCUCGCCCUGUUCCGCGUGGCGGUGGACAAGCACCAGGCUCUGCUGAAGGCGGCGAUGAGCGGGCAGGGAGUCGACCGCCACCUCUUCGCGCUCUACAUCGUGUCCCGAUUCCUCCGCCUGCAGUCGCCCUUCCUGGCCCAGGUUUACUCAGAGCAGUGGCAACUGUCCACCAGCCAGAUCCCUGUUCAGCAAAUGCACCUGUUCGACGUCCACAAUUACCCGGACUAUGUUUCCUCGGGUGGUGGAUUCGGGCCUGCCGACGACCAUGGUUAUGGCGUUUCUUAUAUCUUCAUGGGGGAUGAUAUGAUCACCUUCCACAUCUCCAGCAAAAAAUCAAGCACAAAAACGGACUCCCACAGGCUGGGGCAGCACAUCGAGGACGCACUACUGGAUGUGGCCUCUCUGUUCCAGACGGGGCAGCAUCUUAAGCGCCGGUUCCGAGCAUUAGGGGAGGAGGACUCGAGGCACAGGUGUGGAUUUCCCUCCAGCUAG